AUGGCGCGCUCAAUAUUCCGGCUUCUCACGCUCUUCUCCUCGCUUCUGUUGAACCAGCAGAUCCUGGCACAAACGACCACCUUGUCGACGCCGCAGGGGACCGUCAGCACCACACCAUCGUCGAGUUCGCCGACCCUGACGCCGAGUCCAGCUUCUGCCUCGUCCACUCCUCCAGACGUCUACCUCAACGUACCAACACUCUCCGUUGGUCGGAUUGAGCUCGAUGUCGACGACCUCCGGGCAGAUAUCAAUCUGAAUGCCCAGGUGGCGUCCCUUGUCACGCUGAAUGCCGGUGUCGCGCUGUCCAUUCAAGAAGUCAACCUCACCAUUUCCGAUGUCGAUGCCCAGCUUGAAUUGAUCGUCCGUCUGGGCCAUCUCGUCGACAUUGUGAACCGAGUCUUUGAAUCCUUGGACCUCAACCCUCUCUUGAUCUCCGCCAUCAACAACGUCACCUCGUUGCUCGAGCCCAUUGUAGGCGCGGUAGACGGCCUCCUCGGCUCCAUCACCCAAGGCGGAACGACGCUGUCAUUCUUGAUCGACAACCUCGGCAAUAUCGUCCAGGAGGUCGGCGGCGUCAGCUCCAUUGUCGGGAAUUACCUCACCAACAUGACCGACACGGGAGUCAGUCAGACCCUCUCCGGCGGUCUUGUCGAGAAGACAUUUUCAUAUGCUCCGCUCAAUGCGCUGGUCGACAUUGUCUUCAACUCAGCCGGGCAAGUUGUCCAGGCGUCCGUUCAGAAGCAGACUGGGGGUGGCGGCACAACAAGUUCGACGUCGGCGGCCAGCACCACGCCGACUCCGUCAUCAACCACCAGCAGGUAG